GUGGGUAAGUAGUAGUAGCUCCCGAAGCUUGAUGGUCAGCGAGAGUGUGAGAAAAGUUUUGAGGCAUUCACAGCGCAUAACCAGAGACUGAAUAAAAAGGGUCCGGAGCUCUCAACUUAGACCCUACUGUCCGUCUCGAGACCAUUAUCAUUCAGGUACCAGCUUGAUGACCUUGUUUUCCACAUUUCAGUGUUCUUGUUUCGACUGUAUGUGACCUUUUAUCUUAAUGGCCGAGCAAGGUCGUUUUCAGGAACUUCGCUGUUCCCCACCAUUAUAUUGAUGCUCAGGAAAACUAUUCUGAACUUUUGAACUUUUGAUAAUGUCGAUAUGCACAUUCUUUCUAACGCUAUAACUUCUAUAUGGUUGGAACUUUAACUUUCCCAACUGUCAUAACUACCAAUGGCUUCCACACAAGGGCUCGUUCCCAUUUCUCUCCCUCUUCCUUCCCACAUACUGUCUUCCCGCCAAAAUCAACUACCGACUAUUCAAAAACGAAGCCCUCAACUUCCUCCUCUUAUCAACACCACCGUCAAUAAGCAAUCCAAACCUAAGCCUGAAUUGCGGUCAGCAUUCUGGUGGAUUGAGACCCUCCGGUCACAUACCCGAUCAAAUCUCUUCCGAGAAGCGCUAUCUACAUACGUUGAAAUGACUACUGCGGGUAUUCCGCCUGAUAAUUUUGCUUUCCCAGCUGUCCUAAAGGCUUCUACCGGCCUCCAGGACUUGAAUUCUGGCAAGCAGCUUCAUGCUGCUGUCAUCAAACUCGGUUACCAGUCAUCCUCGGUGACUGUAGCCAACACCCUCCUGGACAUGUAUGGGAAAUGUGGACAUAUAGGUGAUGUACUCCAAUUGUUUGAUAGGAUUUCUCAGAGAGAUCAAGUGUCUUGGAAUUCAAUGAUUGCUGCAUUGUGUCGCUUUGAGGAGUGGAACAUGGCACUAGAGGCCUUCCGACUUAUGCUUUUGGAAAAUAUGCAGCCAAGCUCGUUUACUUUGGUUAGUAUCGCACUUGCCUGUUCCCAUCUUAUCAGGCGGUAUGGCUUGCGCUUGGGAAAAGAAGUUCAUGGGCAUAGUUUGCGAAGGGGUGAUGGGAAGACAUUUACAAAUAAUGCAUUGAUGGCAAUGUAUGCUAAAUUGGGUAGGGUGAACGACUCAAAAGCAUUGUUUGAAUGUUUUGAGAAUCGUGAUAUGGUUUCAUGGAACACCAUAAUUAGCUCAUUUGCACAAAAUGAUCGGUUUGGGGAGGCAUUAGCCAUUUUUUAUCGUAUGGUUCAUGAAGGGAUUAAACCUGAUGGGGUCACCAUUGCCAGUGUUCUCCCUGCUUGCUCCCACCUGGAGAUGUUGGACAUUGGGAGGGAAAUUCAUGCAUAUGCCUUGAAAAAUGAUGAUCUCAUUGAGAACUCUUUUGUGGGUAGUGCACUAGUUGAUAUGUACUGCAACUGUGGGCAGAUUGAAAGUGGUCGUCGUGUUUUUGAUGGGAUCUCAGAGCGAAGAAUUGGGCUUUGGAAUGCUAUGAUUGCUGGUUAUGCACAGAGUGAACUCGAUGAGGAAGCACUGAAGCUUUUUGUUGAGAUGGAAGUGGUUGCUGGGCUCUACCCAAACCCAACAACAAUAGCCAGUAUAUUACCAGCUUGUGUCCGUUGUGGAGCAUUCUCUUGCAAAGAAGGUAUACAUGGGUACGUGGUGAAGCGGGGUUUUGAGAGGGACAGAUAUGUGCAAAAUGCCCUUAUGGAUAUGUACUCUAGGAUGGGGAAAUUUGAAGUUUCAAGGAAGAUUUUUGAGAGCAUGGACGUUAAAGAUAUAGUUUCUUGGAACACCAUGAUCACGGGUUAUGUUAUUAACAAUCUGCAUGAUGAUGCACUUCUUCUGCUACAGGAGAUGCAAAGAGUCACAAAAGAAAAAGAUUUGGAUGAUGAUGUUUAUGAGGACGAAGAAAGUUUUUCAUAUAGACCAAAUUCUAUAACACUCAUUACAGUUCUUCCUGGAUGUGCAGCCCUAGCAGCAUUAGCAAAAGGGAAAGAGAUCCAUGCUUAUGCCAUUAGAAAUGCCUUGGUAUCAGAUGUUGCUGUAGGAAGUGCACUAGUUGAUAUGUAUGCAAAAUGUGGUUGCUUGAGCUUAUCAAGAAGAGUGUUUGAUGAGAUACCCAAACGCAAUGUCAUCACUUGGAAUGUUAUCAUAAUGGCUUAUGGGAUGCAUGGACGAGGGGAGGAAGCACUGAAAUUAUUCAAAACUAUGGUGGCUGAAGGAGCCUCGGGAGGGGAUGUGGAACCCAAUGAGGUCACAUUUAUUGCAAUAUUUGCUUCCUGCAGUCACUCUGGGAUGGUCAAUGAAGGCUUAGAAUUGUUUAGGAGAAUGAAGGAUGACCAUGGUGUUGCACCCACACCAGAUCACUAUGCUUGCAUUGUUGACUUGCUUGGUCGGGCUGGCCAAUUAGAGGAAGCGUAUCAACUAGUUACAGCUAUGCCUCCUGGUUCCGACCAGGCAGGUGCCUGGAGUAGCCUGCUUGGGGCAUGCCGGAUACAUCAAAACAUAAAGCUUGGUGAGAUUGCAGCUGAGAGUUUGCUUAGGUUGGAGCCUAAUGUGGCCAGCCACUAUGUUCUGCUCUCAAAUAUUUACUCAUCUGCUGGGCUAUGGGACAAGGCAAUGGAGGUAAGGAAGAAUAUGAAAGAAAUGGGUGUUAGGAAAGAACCUGGGUGCAGUUGGAUUGAGCUUGGUAAUGAACUUCAUAAAUUCUUGUCUGGGGAUAUAUUACACCCACAAAGUGCUCAGCUCCACGCUUUUCUUGAGGAGUUAUCAGAACGGUUGAGGAAGGAAGGAUAUGUGCCUGACACUUCAUGUGUUCUUCACAAUGUAGAUGAGGAGGAGAAAGAAUAUCUUCUUUGUGGACACAGUGAGAGGUUGGCUAUAGCAUUUGGUAUCCUAAAUACCCCUCCUGGAACUACCAUUCGAGUCACCAAGAACCUUAGAGUUUGUAAUGACUGCCAUGUGGCAACUAAGUUCAUCUCAAAGAUCGUGGAGAGAGAGAUCAUUGUAAGGGAUGUAAGGAGAUUCCACCAUUUUAGGGAAGGGUUUUGUUCUUGUGGAGAUUAUUGUUUGGAGGAUUCUCUUAUGUAGAAGAUGCAGAUUUCUACCCGCCUGAUAAGGUCUCUGUCUCUUCCUUCUCCUGUUUCAACCCCACUUCAAGAAAUUGUCAGCAGC